AUGAUAGUCGAUUUCCCCACUGAACUGUCAUUGUGGAAAGAAAGCAACACGAAUGUGACGUCAGUGUUUAACGCGUUGAAGAGAUACGCCUACCGACCGUUCUCAGCCAAUAAAAACAUUAAUACCAUAGACCCGAGGACCUAUUUCUACAUCCGACAUUUUCUUCUUGAUGCGCAUGACAAAUCACAAGAUGUUGCGCUAGUUACCACAUGGAUUCAGGAUAUCGGGGAGGUGAUGGCGAUGUACAAGAAAGGCGUUGCCAUGCCGUUUGGUAUAAACAAUGUUGAUGUCACGGUGUCAGCCAACUUCCUGUAUGGUGUGACGUCAUCAGUGUUGCGUGGACUUCAGCCAACUAAUAUUCUAGACGACAAACAAAUACAGCAAAUCUUUCUGAACACGACUUCGCUGAUUGCGUACGAAAUCAACGCAGAGUUCAUUGGUCGACGCGACCUUGCCCUUGUAUACUAUCCGUCACUAUUCGAAUUCUACUUCUUCGUAGCAAGGACGUAUGCUCUACUUGAAAGGACCGCAAAGUACAGCAAGUUACCACACCCAGCACUUGUAGAAGUUAUGUCGAUUCUGGCUCCAGUCUUGAAGGGUAAAGCCACACACGUGAUCUUGGACCAGGCCAAGCCAUUAGGAGACGACAUGGUUUUCUUUGAUGACUUUCUGGGGGACGGAGACUACACUCGAGACAACAAAACAAUCAUACGUGCAGAAGACCGGAUAUUCACGACUGCUAUGGCUGUGAACUGUCUCAUUCGAACGUGGACCGUGUUUAACGACAUGACAGGAAAACUCGUGUGGAUGAAAGAAACACCAUCAAAAGUAAUAGAAUCUGCAUCCAAAGCGACCAAAUGGCUUACUGCUUUUACUCUGUCUGGCGACUAUAAACCUUGGAACACAUUUUUCUCUGGUUCCGGUAAAAGUUAUGAUAGUCAGCCAUUUUGGUAUCCAAUAAACCGACUGCAGUAUUUGAACGGCACGGAAAUCCACGACCAUAUACACUUCCCUCACGGGCUUUUCAUGCUCGGUGUCGAGGGCGUUAUUCCGGAAGCCCAGUAUGAAGCAAAUUUCAACCAAUCGCAUUUUGGAAUGAAGACGCCAACGAAAUUCUUGGGCUACAACGCCGGCAAGAGUUUCUUCCCCUUCUGGUCGUCUGACGCGUACACGUACGCCGUGACGAUGCUGGCGUUAGCACAGUUUGAAAAUACGGUACAGCAAUAGGCUACUAGAGACUAUAAGGAAAAUGAGAAACUUCAGAAGUUUGCACCAUUAAAUUUGGAUUAUAUUAAACUCCUUCAGAUCCGAAA